CCAGAGAAGUGCUGAAUGCCCUAACCUCUCCUCUUUCCCUCCUUCCGCCCAAUUCAACCACUGCGUCUCCGAAAUGCCCGGGGCUUUCAGAAUACUUUCAGCUCACAAUCUAUCCAAAUCAAGGAAGAAGAAAAGGAGAAGAAGACCUAUUUCCGCUACAAAUUCCGUAUCUCCCAAGACCGUAACAGUAGAAAUCAAAACGAAUGCAUACGAGGAAGAAGAAGAGGAAGCAGAUGUAGGAUUUAACCUAAAAACAUCAUCUUGCUCCCAAUCCCACAUCAUUCAACCUUUAGGAAACCUCCUUCUCCUCGACCCCUCAACCAAUAUCCGUAAUCCCGGCCUCGGUAACCUCCAAACUCUCUCCGAUGAGGUUCUCGUCGACAUUCUCGGCCUUCUUGGCGGUCGCGACCUUGGAAUCCUGUCAUCAGUGAGCAAAUCCCUCUACGUUUUCUCCUCGCACGAGCCUCUGUGGCGGAACCUCGUCCUCGAGGAGCUUAAAGGUGAGUUUUUGUUUUAUAAAUCAUGGAGAUUCACCUACAUUUCAUCCGUCAAUCCCUGUUUUUCCCCGUUCUCCACUGGGCCUUCGACCCUCUGCAUCAGAAAUUUUUACUCCGACUACCUCUUCCAGAGCUGGCUUUGCGCCAAUUUGGAAAUGAAGCCGGAGUGGCUCCAGAGGGAUAAUAUAGAGAGGAGGCGGAGAUUGUCCUUGGAGGAGUUUGUGAAUUGCUUUGAGGAGCUCAAUAAGCCAGUACUGCUUGAGGGAUGCCUUGAACAGUGGCCGGCAAUGGAGAAGUGGAGCAAAGACAGAUUGGUUCAGAUUUGUGGAGAUGUUAAAUUUGCAGUGGGGCCUGUUGAGAUGACAAUGGAGAGGUAUUUUCGGUAUUCAGAAAUUGUGAAAGAGGAGCGGCCAUUGUAUCUAUUUGAUUCUAAGUUUGCUGAGAAGAUUACUGAGCUCGGUACAGAUUAUGAUGUCCCUGUAUACUUCAAGGAAGAUAUGUUUUCUGUACUUGGGAAGGGUCGGCCGGAUUACAGAUGGAUUAUAAUCGGGCCGGCAGGCUCAGGCUCUUCAUUUCAUGUGGAUCCCAACUCUACUUCUGCUUGGAAUGCUGUGAUCAGGGGAUCAAAGAAAUGGGUGAUGUUUCCACCUGAGAUUGUGCCACCAGGAGUUCAUCCAAGCCCAGAUGGAUCUGAGGUUGCUUGCCCUGUGUCUAUAAUGGAGUGGUUUAUGAACUUUUAUGGAGCAUCUAGGAAUUGGAAGAAGAGGCCUGUUGAGUGUGUGUGCAAAGCAGGUGAGGUUGUUUUUGUGCCCAAUGGAUGGUGGCAUCUUGUGAUCAAUCUUGAGGACUCAAUUGCCAUCACACAAAAUUAUGUUAGCAGGAGGAAUCUCUUAAACGUGCUUGAUUUUCUGAAGAGGCCCAAUGCAAAUGAGCUCGUUUCUGGAACCAAAGAUCGAGUAAAUUUACAUGACAAGUUCAGAGCUGCCAUUGAAGCAGCUUUACCUGGGACAAUUACUCAGCUUGCUGCCAAAGCCAAGGAGAAGAUGGCUCAGAAUAAGCAGCUAAACUUCUGGGAAUCUGUCGCUGAUGCAAAUACCGGAGGAUUCAAGUUCUCUUUCUAAGCUGAUUGCAUCCAAAUUUUAGAGAAGUAUCUUUCUUUAUUUAAAUUUUUGUUCAGAAUCUACUGAUUCUAACUAUGAGGCGCAGAUUAUUAAGAUGCAUAUGAGAAUGUAGAAUAGUCCUUUGUUAGAAUUAAAAUAAAUGCCAAGUUCUUUAUA